UCACCCAAGGGCAGCUCCUGGUAUUCACCAUAAAUCUGAACUCUGUCAUGGUAUCCCACUGACCAUCCGUGCUUGCCAGCCAUGGGGUCAAAGCGAAGCCACGGUGCCGUUACGGCCGACGACAAUGAGCAGGCUUCGUACUCGUCCAGCAAGCGGCGACGCGAGCAGCAGAGUUCCAAGUCGAAGCAGGCAGAGGGCAAACCCGAUCCAACCUACGGCCAGCGAACCGCCUUCCCAGGCCUCGACGGAGACGAUCCAUCGCAGAUAAGCGAUGACGACCUGGAAUCCGAAGAGACCAGCGAUGCUCUCGCAUAUCUCAGAGCUGUCCGACAAGAAGCAAGCAGCGUCCCAAACGUCCUGGUUGCCCCCAAAGCCGGUCCGCAUGUUCCCGGCGACAUCGACCGAAGCAUCUACGACGACGGCGUCGGCGAUUCGCGAGGGUACUACCACGAUGGCGCGUACACCGCGGUGCCCGAUCCCGACCCAUCCGUUGCAUCCUCCUCCGAAGUACUCGAAGCAGGCGAGAUCCACCCUCUCAACCCAGCCGACCAGGUCGCCGCCCAAAACGCUGCCUUGCGCAAAUCCUACUUCGCCUCGCUCACCACCCAAUUUCUCGGCCUGCGCGCCCUGCUGCACCGCACCCCGCCCCCUUCCCUCGUCGCCGUCCUCCCGCGCGACCACGGCACCGAGGUGGGCUCCUUUGGCGCAAAGUCAUGGACAUUCCGCGUCUGGACGCGGCGCAUCCGCCACACGGACCCGCUACCGGUGCAAAUUGCCGCGCUGGACCGGCAGUGCGUGCUCAAGCUGCUGCGCGUAAUCCUCGGCGGCAAGUUCAUCCGCCGCGGGUACGAGCUGCGCGAGCGGACAAGCCGCUGGAUCUGGGCCUUGCUGGCGCGGCUGCCGGACCGCGGCGAGAUGGACUACGCCGAGGUUGGCUUAAUCAGGGAGCUGGGCAAGAGGGCCGUGUUGAUGAUGGUUAGUAUCGCACAGAUGGAGGCUUUGAAAGAGGAGGUGGAGGGUGAUCUGGAAGGCGCGCUUGAAGGUGAAGGGGAAGACGAGUUUGAGGGUGAGGUGGUAGUUGAUGAGGAAGACGAGAGUGGUGUUGCGUCACGGGAAGUCGGAAAUGACGAGGCGGGGGUGAUAGGGGUAAAUGCGGAACCUAGACCGGGCUCUGCUGCUGUUACUGUUGACGGUGACGGCGAGGACAUGGACGGGGAAAUGGACAUGGACAUUGACGACGGAGAGGUCACUGAUGACGAUACCCCUGCAGAUGGGGAUAACAAGGACAUCAAGGCCGACAUUGCAGCGGCAAAGGCCCGGCUGCUGGCGCGACUUGAGGAGAACCGGGACGCCCCGCAGGACGAAGAGCCGGAAGGCUCCGCGCAACCUGAUGCUGAUUACGUCCAGCGGGAUGAGAGCAGCGGAGGGGAAGCGGCAGCAUUCGACGAAACGAGAGCUCGGGUCAACAUGCGGGCGACCCUGAACAUGAUCCUGACGGUUGUCGGUGAGUUCUACGGGCAGAGGGACCUACUCGAGUUUCGGGACCCUUUUCCGGCGCUGUAA